AUGAAGGCUGCAAGAAGGCCCCAUGCUGUGCUAACUGCAAGUGUGGACCAGAAUGCCAGUGCGGUCCAGAGUGUGCAUGCACAAAAGGCGGUCAAUGCGAGUGCUGCAAGAAGAAUGGCUGCUGUGGUGAAGGCUGCAAGAAAGCACCAUGCUGUGCUAACUGCAAGUGCGGACCAGAAUGCCAAUGUGGUCCAGAGUGUGCAUGCACAAAGGGCGGUCAAUGCGAAUGCUGCAAGAAGAAUGGCUGCUGUGGUGAAGGCUGCAAGUGCUGCGAAGGAUGCCAGUGCUGCAAGAAGAACUAAAAGUAGAAUACAGAACAUAGUUCUUUUCUUUACAGUUAGUUGA